AUGAAUUCUUCGGAGGAGCCAUUACGUCGAAAUGGAAUUGCACCUAUCAAACCGGAAUACAUUAUCAAAAAAGAAGAUAUAAGGCAAAAACUCGCCACAGAAGCUACUUCUGAAGAUACACAGGAUAUUACAACAUCUGAGGAACCUCCGAAAAAGAAGAGUCGAGUUACAAGAACACGUGAAUCAAAUAAACGAUAUAAGGAGCGCGUAGUAAAGACUUUUACUGAAGUCAAACGUUUAUGCCAUAAAACUGCAAUUGGAGAGGAAUGCGAUUUUGAUCA